CGAUAGUAAUGAAAUCAACAGUUGCUGGUGGUGGGUUGUUGUGGUAUACUGUGAAGUUGUAUUGUUUGUAGUGUAUAGCGUCGAAGCUCUUCUUGCUGAUCCUGCAGCAUGGCUGCACUUGUGAAAGAUGUAGAACUCCCACAGUCAGCGCUGAUAGAGCUGAAGCUGCCGAAGCACCGUGAAUACUUGAUUUCGUACGGUUCGAAGAAGGACGACUAUGAAUACUGCAUAACAGAGCACCUGAGAAUGAGCGGCAUAUACUGGGGCAUGACGGCCAUGGAUUUGAUGGGGACACUCAAUGCUUUCCACAAGGACGAGAUAAUAGCAUUUGUCAAACAGUGCCAGUAUUCUUGCGGAGGAUUUGGUGCAAGUGUUCGACACGAUCCGCACCUGCUUUACACGUUGAGUGCGAUUCAGAUUCUGGCUACAUAUGAUGCACUGGACGCAGUAGACAUAAGCAAAACAGUGAGCUACAUCAAAGAACUGCAGCAGAAAGACGGCAGCUUUAUUGGCGAUAAAUGGGGGGAAGUGGACACUAGGUUUUCAUUUUGUGCUGUGGCAUGCCUGGCACUUUUGAAUCAACUGGAAGCGAUAAAUGUGGACAAAACAGUGGAGUUUGUUCUGUCAUGUAUGAACUUUGAUGGUGGAUUUGGUUGCAGACCAGGCUCCGAAACACAUUCUGGCCAGAUUUACUGCUGCUUAGGUACGCUAUCAAUUUUGGGCCAAUUGCACCACAUCAAUGCUGAUCUCUUGGGCUGGUGGCUGUGCGAGAGGCAGCUGCCAUCUGGAGGACUUAAUGGCCGGCCUGAAAAGCUACCUGAUGUUUGCUACUCGUGGUGGGUCCUGGCUUCACUCAAAAUAAUUGGCAGGCUACACUGGAUAGACAAGGAAAAGCUGAUCAAAUUCAUUUUGGCAGCACAAGACGAAGAAACAGGUGGAUUUGGAGAUAGGCCCGGUGACAUGGUAGAUCCUUUCCACACUCUUUUCGGGCUAGCUGGCCUUUCUCUGCUCGGCGACGAACGGCUUAAGCCAGUGAAUCCUGUGUUUUGCAUGUCCGAAGAGGUUAUUUCGAGACUUGGCAUAAGGCCACAGCUACUGACACUAUAGAUACGCAUAUAACAUUGAACUGACCUUCAAGUCGUUGGGGAAGUCCUCCAACGGUGCCUAUUGGCACCUGUGUAUAUAAUAUGAUGAUAAAUAGAAGAGCAGCACAAUGACAAAACUACAACUGGA